AUGCAAAUAAAAAGAUCUGCGAUUUCCGUUGGCGCAAAAAAAAAGAACAUACAUACAUACAUUCAUCUAGAAAUGGAUAAAGCUGCCGCUAAACAAAAAUUCGUUGAUGAAUUUUCAGGAUUGGUUCAGGAGUUGAAGGAGAUCUUGGUCCAGUACAACAUGCCUCAAGAGGCUAUUGACUGGUUCACCAAGAACUUGAACUACAAUACUCCAGGCGGCAAGUUAAACAGAGGCUUGUCUGUCAUUGAUACAUAUUGCAUUUUGAAGAACAAGAGUCUUGCUGACUUGUCUCAAGAAGAGUACAAGAAGGUUGCCAUCUUGGGUUGGGCAAUCGAAUUAUUACAAGCCUACUUUUUAGUUGCAGACGACAUGAUGGACCAGUCAAAAACAAGAAGAGGCCAGCCUUGUUGGUACUUGGUUGAAGGCGUCGGAAAUAUUGCUAUCAAUGAUUCUUUCAUGUUGGAAGGUGCUAUUUACGUUUUGUUGAAGAAGCACUUCCGUCAGGACCCAUACUACGUUGACUUAUUGGAUUUGUUCCACGAGGUUACUUUCCAAACCGAGUUGGGCCAAUUGUUGGACUUGGUUACGGCUGACGAGGAACACGUAGACUUGGACAAGUUCAGUUUGGCCAAACACUCUUUUAUCGUGAUUUUCAAAACCGCUUACUACUCUUUCUACUUACCUGUUGCCUUGGCUAUGUUCAUGUGUGGAAUUAACAGCGAACAAGACUUGAAGCAAGUCAGAGACAUCUUGAUUCCAUUGGGUGAGUACUUUCAGAUUCAGGACGACUACUUGGACUGUUUUGGAACUCCUGAACAAAUUGGUAAGAUUGGCACGGAUAUUAAGGAUAACAAGUGCUCGUGGGUAGUCAACCAAGCCUUGUUGAAGGUCAAUGCAGAGCAACGCAAGUUAUUGGAUGAAAACUAUGGUAAGAAGAGCGAUGAGUCUGAACAAAAAGUCAAGGAAUUGUUCACUCAAUUGGACAUCCCUGCGAUCUAUCACGAAUAUGAAGAGUCCAUUGUUGCCAAGUUGAGAGCUCAGAUUGAAAAUGUUGACGAGUCUAGAGGUUUGAAGAAGGAGGUUUUGACUGCAUUUUUGGGCAAAGUCUACAAGCGUUCGAAGUAA